GUACAGUCCAACGCCGCCAGCGCCCAACAAACCUGUUCUUUUCUUCGUUUCCCUGUCUCUGCUCCAUCGGAAUCGUAUCGUAUCACGCCACUCGUCGGUGUUUUUUCUUUUCUACCACACCCAUGCGGCUAGCGGCUAGUCCUGCAGCUACGGAUCAGGCCAUUUCUCCCUGCACCUCGCCGCGUUCUAUGCUCCCGCGGUCCUUGAGAUCUGCAGCUCGGCGCCUGCCUGCCGCUGCUACACGCGCGGCAGCGUCCGCGGCUUCGGUGGCUCGAUCGCCGGCAAGGCGGCAAGGAAGCCCGCGUCCUGAGGACGACGGUAGAGCGCCCCAGCAGCACGCCGCGGAGUGGGACGACGAAGAUGAUCUCUCGCCGGACGGGCAAUGGCUGCGUCACCGUCGAAUGCCCCGGAGAGACUUCUCAUAUAUUACAUAUGCCUCGAGAGAUCAUUCUGGCUUGACCCGACAACUUCUAGAUUUUCAACAUGCUGCAGUAGAUGAGACAGAUGAGGACCAUGAUCCAUUCAGGAAACUGAAAGCGAGGUUCAUGGACUUCAAGCAACAAAACUAUUUGGAAAAUUUUACGAAAUAUCAAAAUCUUGCUGAGCAGCAAACACCAGAGUUCAUGGUGAUUGCUUGUGCUGACUCCAGGGUCUGCCCUAGCAGUAUUUUGGGGUUUCAACCUGGGGAUGCAUUUACUGUCCGUAAUAUAGCAAAUUUGGUACCACCAUACGAGCAUGGAGCUUCUGAGACUACUGCAGGACUGGAGUUUGCUGUGAAUUCACUUCAGGUACCAAAUGUUUUAGUUGUAGGUCACAGUCGUUGUGGUGGCAUCCAAGCAUUAAUGAGUAUGAAAAGUAAGAAAGAUGGCUCAAACUCUAGAAGCUUUAUCAAAGACUGGGUCUCACUUGGGAAGAGCGCAAGGUUAAGCACGGAAGCAGCCGCUGGAAAUUUGAAUUUCGAAAUGCAGUGCAGGCACUGUGAAAAGGAAUCAAUUAAUAACUCACUGUUGAACUUGUUGACAUACCCUUGGAUAGAGGAGCGGGUGAACAAGGGAACUCUGAACCUUCAUGGAGGAUACUACAACUUCGUUGAUUGCACAUUUGAGAAGUGGACAUUAGUGUACCGUCAAGGCUUGGAAGGUGGCAGCAAGUAUGCCAUAAAGAACAGAUCUACUUGGUCUUGAUCAACGUAUGGGCCUUGGUAACUUGGGUAAAUUUCACUCCGCCUCCUGUCGUUUUGCAUGCUCUGCCAUUGUGUUGUUCAUUUUCAUUGCACCUUGCACCAUGGUGGUAUUGAUAUAGGUGCUCUUUUUACUAAAGAAGAACAAAACCGUGAUAUUCAAGGGCAACACAGCAGACAAUACAUAGCAAAGUAAAGACCGCCAAACUGCUGGGGACUAAUUCAAACCAGUUACUAGUGUGUUGCUUUCUGUUUAGAAUCAUGAAACAGUGAUUCAAGAAACUGCAAAACCACAAUAUACAGGACAAUGUAUAAUCCUGGCACAUAUAUCGGACCAUCGUGUUGUAAUUUGUAUCAUUUGAUGUAUCAUUGUAACAAUAAGAUACAGGUUUGUAAUGAUGUGUGUAAGUGUAAUAAUUUUGAAUACAUUUUGAACGCAAAUAUAAAAGACUAUUCUGUAAUUUUGUACAUUUUUGUGGGAGACAUUAA